AUGACGAAACUCAAUGUCCAAUCUUUUCCUCGGCCGCCACUGCUCGAACGAACCGCUCGCCAUCUGCUUGUGAAAUGGAAGGGUGAAGUCAUUGCUGACACGAAGGAGGCAUACUGGGUCCUGGAAACUCACCAUCCUCCAACGUAUUACCUCCCACCAGCCAGCAUCAGGGUGCCUCUGGCCCAGACCCCACGCUCGUCAUACUGCGAGUGGAAAGGCAGAGCAACGUACUACUCCAUCACGCACGGCGGCGAGACGGUGGCCAACCGGAUCUGGUCAUACAACUCGCCAACGAGCUCCUUCACGCCCAUCAAGGGCUACCUGUCGUUUUACGCCGGGCCCUGGGACUGCUACGUGGAUGGCGAGAAGGUCGAGCCACAGCCGGGCGACUUCUACGGCGGCUGGGUGACCAGCGACAUUGGUGGCAUUGUCAAAGGGCGAGAUGGGAACUUUGACCCAGUUGUGUAA